CCUGCAAUAAUUUUCCGCUUUCCUUCGAUAAAAUUGCCAAAUAAUAAUGAAUCAUUUCAUAAAUAAUGGGUUUAGAAGCUUAUCAGGGCAGGCGGGCCACUGCUGGGGCUUUAUCUCUCUCGGCCACAUUGCAGUAGUGUUCCGCUCUCCAUACUAAAUAGGAAACUGGACGUGAUGUGGAAUUAGAGCCUCCCCAGCUGAAGCCACCCCACAUUACUACAAAUAUAGCCGCCAUGCGUAGGCCACAAAAUGGCUCCACUCACUUUUCCCAAUGAAAAGCAAAUGGCUUUAGCAGUUUUAUCCCGAUGCGGGUGUCCUUCCUCUCUGUAAAGUCGUAAGUACCUCGAGGUGGGAGGAGUAAAUUCAGCCUGACACUGAGAGCGCUUUUGUUGAAACGGGAGAGACUCGCGGUGUCCCUACUUAAAUAUGACACAUGACGAUGGACAGGCCGCCCGCCCCGCCGCCCCCCAGCAGUGACCCCCGCGAUGCCCGCCGUCACGACCCCGAAGCGGAGCCCACGAGCGAGCCCGACAGCAGCCGCGGGGGCAUGGAGCCGCCGGCCGAGCCCCAGCUGCUGCUCAACGGGGCGGCCAAAGAGGCGGGCCGGCCCUCCCCCGGGCCCCCCGCCGCCGCCGUGCCCGUCAUCGAGCUGGUGCGCAGGGGGGGCUCCUUGGACAUAAAAAGCCGAGAGGCGGCGGGGGAGGCGAUGCAGAGAGCGCCGGGCGCCGAGCCGUGCCGCGCCGCCGAAGCCGCCUGCGAAGCCCGCAUGGUGCAGCUGAGCCCCCCCGCGCUGCCGCUGCAGCCCCCCGGCAGGGCCAUGCUCUACAACCUGGGGCAACCGCUGGGCACCAUCGGCAGCGGGUUCUUCGGCGAGCCGGACUCCUUCUCCAUGUACGGCAGCAACCGGGUGAAGAGGAGACCGUCGCCUUACGAGAUGGAGAUCACCGACGGUCCUCACACGAAGGUGGUCCGCCGCAUUUUCACCAACAGCCGGGAGAGGUGGAGGCAACAGAACGUGAACGGAGCCUUCGCGGAGCUCCGCAAGCUCAUCCCCACGCACCCGCCCGACAAAAAGCUGAGCAAGAAUGAGAUUUUGCGCCUGGCUAUGAAAUACAUCAACUUCCUGGCCAAGCUGCUCAACGACCAGGAGGAGGAAGGAAACCAAAGGGGCAAAGUGAACAAAGACUCGGGGAUAGUCCAGGAAGACCUCCUGCAGGACAUGCUGUCUCCGAACUCCAGCUGUGGAAGCUCUUUGGAUGGAGCGGCGAGCCCGGACAGCUUCACGGAGGAGCACGACACGCUCGACUCCAAGCACGCACGGAACCUGCACCAUGCCAUCCUCCCUGUCGAAGGCAGCGCACAGCGGUGAUGACCCCAAAUCACUCCCCGAGUGCUCAGGGGGAGGCGAGACCCAGGCGGGUGGGAUUUGGGACCUGGCCCUUGGCUCCCCGUCCUCUUGGCCCAGGUUGGCACGUUGGCCAACCGAAUGGGAUGGACACUCGGUGUUUAGGUACGGGAUCGUACGAAGAAGAAAAGCGUUGAAGUCGUCUUCAUUGUACAUAUUGACUCUGAGGACAGGAGGGGAACACGGCCAGCACCCCUCCAGCAUUCCGAGGGUUUUUUGGACCCCCUGAGGGUCACUUCUCAAGCAGUCGCAUGGCUGGGACAUGAGGAAUGAAACACAGGGCUGCGGAGCACGAGCAACUGGUCCGAGCCAUGCUCCCGUUGACCAAGACCUUCUGACUGUAUCUUUUUAACGAGGUGAAAAAUGCCCUCAGCAAAAGAACUAUUAAAAGGAUUGAGACUUUCUUUUUCUCUCUCUCUCUCUCUCUCUCUCUUUUUUUUUUUUUUUAAAUUGUUUCUGUCCCCUUUCCUUUCCCUUCUACCUAACGUUGGAUUGUUUGGGGUGUUGUAUUUAUGACGUGAGAUUCCUUCUGUUCAAUGCCACCACGCAGUAUCCACUGAACAUAAAGGUACAUAGGGUGUUCUGUGCUCCCCACCGCCCCGUGAGCCCCCAACCCUGUGCUGUAACACAGAGGGUGAGGUCCUGCAGUGGUCUCCUCAAGUUUUCCCAGUGGUUUCUGUAGAGCUGAGCUUCUCUCAAGGAAGAUGAAACUCAGAAUUGGUUAAGGAUUGAAAAGGUGACUAGUGAUGCCUCCCCUUAAACCAGGAACUUUUUUUUGAGGGAAAAAAAGUGAAAAGAAUCGAUGCAUCAACAGUUUGCGUGUACAUAGGGUUAUAAAAGGGUUUCGGUGGUA